CAAAAAUCAGGGAAUGGAACUCUUCCAGAGCCUGGUGUGCAGUGAGGACUCCGUCAGCACCCUCGGCCUGAUCCUUGGCAUGGGGCUAUCAUUGCUGCUUGUGUUCAUCCUGGGCUACAGCCUGGCCAAGUGGUACCAGCAUGGGUACUGCUGGGAGGGACCUAAUUUUGUCUUCAACUUGUAUCAAAUCUGGAACUCAAAGGAGCUGGAGAUGGGUCCACCCUUUACCAUCAGUGGCCACAUCAACAGUCCAGAUGGUGGCUACGUGAGAUUCUCCAAUAGGCUAGUCUGAUGUGGGGGCAACAUCCAGCUUUCUGGAGCCCAUGAGAG